CUCUGGUCCAAGUUUUGUCAAAAUAGGGAAACAACAUGGAGGAAGAAUGGUGCGAUUGUGUAGUGGCGCUUCUGAUUGUUUUACUGACAAUGCUUAUUCUAAACGUUGUGCAGAUUAAGGCGGAAACGGGGAGUGUUUGGAGAGCAAUUCAAUUUGCAAUUCUCUUUCCUGCCAUAAUGGUCAUUGUGACGACAAUGCUGCUAAUGUAUCCGUUUUUGAUCAUCUAUCGCGCGUUUCUCUCUAUAAAACUACGGGUGAUGUUUGGGAAAAAAUUCUACGGGCUACUUCACGGCCUUGACGCGCCGCUCUCGCAUCCGAUAAAAAAGUAUGGCAUGAUUGGCGGUUUGAUAAUCGUUGAAAUCGAUACUAGCGUCACCCAAAAGAGUGCGUGGGACUGCGUGCGAGAGUUUGUUGAUGAGAAGGUUCUGACAAAUGAGCAUUUAGCCAAAUUGCGUACGUCAGUGAGUUGGUAUGGGGGGUAUCCUUUUUUGGAAAACAUUGAUGUCAAGAGCAAUGCUUUCGUUCGUAAAUUACCAACGGUUGAGGGAAUAUUGGACGAUGCAACCCUAAUGAAAUUGCUAGGACAAUGCCAUUAUAUGCCAUUCAGUGGGCCAUUGAUGUGGGAUGUGAUGGUAGGCACGCAACCUCUGUUAAGAAAGCAGAGUUCCAACCCUUAUCUAAAACAGUACCCCAUCAUGAUUCGUGUUCAUCAUGGAUUGGCAGACGCUGUCACGAUAAUGCAACUUGUGGCUGGUGUGUUUGGAGACAAAUUUCGGGCAAGCCCAGUGAAACGAGUUGGGAAACUUCCGGAGGCAGAAGACUAUAUCAUUGCGCGCCUAUUUCAACUCCUCGGGCAGAUUGCGUGCGUAAUGGUGUACUUUCCGAGUGUUUUGUACCUGUGUACGUUGGUAAAGACGGAUUUUAAUGAGCUGCACCUUAGAGGAAUGGGAGACGACGAAAACAUAGCGGUGGAAUUUGAUGAUAACGGAACGUACCUGCAGAAAGUGAAAAAGAUCAGGAACUAUACAGGAGCAACGGUUCCCGAAAUCAUAUCCACCGCCUACAACGAAAGCUUGAAGGAGCAUUUUUUAAAGUAUAAGAAAAGAAGGGAAGAUCACUUUACGUUUCUCUUUCCAGUCGGCCAUAACUACGAAGAGAUGGAAAAUGUGCAAUCCAUUGACGCUAAGGACUUGAAAUUAAGCAACAGAUUUGCAAUAUUGACACUUGCAAUGCCAUUUUCUAUUGAGAGUGAUACAGAUUUCGACCCGAGAACGCCGCUUUACAGUAGAUUAUCGAUUAUGAGACGGAAAACAAAUGCGCUGAAGAAGUCAGUAGAAUUCCACGUAUCAAUGAUUAUUUAUCACCUCAUCGCUCCAGUUUUUCCCUCCGUCUGUUUAUACUUUUUCUCGUACCUUACCAACAUUACAUCAAUCAUCAGUCUAAUACCUGGACUUCCGAGAGGAUCUUAUUGUAACGGAGCGCUUCUGGUCACCGAUUCCGCAUUCUGGAUACCCCAUCUGCUCAGCAUUGAUAUUUCUCUAGGUUCGUUUGUGUACGAUGAUCGAUUGAUUGUAUCACUUAAUUGCGAUGGUUCGUGCAUGUCGCGCGAAAUGGCACAAGAAAUCGUCCAAAAUGUUUACAAGAACAUCGACUUACUGGAAGAGGAGUUGGGCUCGAUUACUCCUUAAUUAAAAUUUAGGUUAGGUUUAUUGUUUGGCACUACUUUAGAGGGAACUUUCUAAGCUGCAACACUUCGAAAGCGAUUAGGCAAUGACAUUAGGGCAGGGGUCGGCAGCAAGUGGCUGUUUUGAUAUAACGUUGCGGCUCUCCGCAUUUAUCUAAAAAAAUUAGUUCAUUUUUUCGACAUUCACCUUUUUAAUUAAUCUUAUCUUAUUACGAAAUUGAAAGUAGGUACAUUUACAGCAAAUAAUUACCUAAUUUGUGACACUUGUUUACUUUCUGGUAUUCUUUUGUUUUUUAUUAUCACAACCUACCAAUUAACUUUUGUGAAAAAUAUUGAAUAACCUAAAGACUAUGGGGUUAAAUCCCUUAAAGCACAGGACACCCCUUAUAAAACUUGAAGGGAACACAAAAGACAAUCGAAUAGCGAAAAAAAAUAGUGGUAGUUCCACUUGAAAAAAAGCAGUUAUUUAUUGACACCGUAAAAAUGGGACACCCUGUAUAUUCAAAAAUAAUUUUUGUAGAUCCACAACGGUAUAGUAUACGUAUAGUUGACAUUUGCACAAAUGAUUUUAAAAAUAUUUUUUAAACAGGUAUGAGCUAGGAAAGACAGACGGCACUAUUGCAGAACCCUGUACAUAACCAAACACUAUACUAUUGAAUUGAAAAUUUUGAGUGAGUGGCUUUUUAAAAACUGGGAAAUUGGCUCUUCCGUUCCAAUAGGUUGCCGACUUCUGCACUAAGGUGUUACAAACCUGACUUAUGCGAUUGGAAUCCAAACCAUUAUCUCUUAGAUUUUCCUAGUUCCUUCAACAACGAUAGAUUUUACAGUAAAUUGAUUAAGUUUAGCUUAAUUUGUAACGUUGCCUUAGCCAAGGUUAUUCGCGAGGACCGUUAGUUAGCGAUACCUACUACAAAAUUUAUAAUAGAUAAUGAAUAAUAAUAAAGAUCUUUAUUCUUGGAACUGUGCAUCACAGCCAUUGAAACGUCAUACAAAGAGAGAAAGAAUAACAAACUUUACGUACUUUUACUUUUACUAUGAACUCUGUGAAUU